AUGGACGCGGCGGCGGUGGUGCCGGUGCUGCAGGUGGUGGUCAAACUGUGCUUGGCCAUGUCGAUAAUGCUGUUCUUGGAGAAGCUUUACAUAGCAGCUGUGGUUGCUUCUGUUAAAAUCAUUCGGCUCCUCCUGAUCAGGAAGCCAGCUGCACGGAUACACAAUGAUGAGUCGUUUCAGGCUUCGAAAGGUGAUGGUGAUCACCGGGGCAUUAUUGAUUAUGAUUUGGAAGCUAAUCAUCAUCAAUAUUAUCCCAUGGUCCUCGUCCAAAUCCCCAUGUACAACGAGAAACAGGUGUAUGAACUCUCGAUUGGAGCGGCGUGUGGGCUAUCAUGGCCCUCCGAUCGCCUCAUCGUCCAAGUCCUCGACGACUCCACCGACCCCGCCAUUAAGAGGUUGGUGAAAACAGAGUGUAGGAGAUGGGAAGGCAAAGGCGUAAACGUAAAGUACGAAGCGAGGGAGAAUCGAAUCGGGUACAAAGCUGGGAACCUGAAACAAGGGAUGAAGCACGGCUACGUGAAACAGUGCGAGUACGUUGCCAUCUUCGACGCCGACUUCCAGCCGGAACCCAACUUCCUCCGCCUCACCGUUCCUUCGCUCGUGCAAGAUCGUGACAUUGCCCUCGUCCAGUCUCGCUGGAGCUUCGUGAAUGCGGAUGAAUGCUUGUUGACCAGAAUGCAAGAGAUGUCACUGGACUACCACUUCAACAUUGAGCAACAAGCAGGCUCUUCUGCCUACGCCUUCUUUGGCUUCAACGGGACGGCUGGAGUAUGGCGGAUAUCGGCUCUGAAUGAAGUUGGAGGAUGGAAAGACCGGACCACGGUGGAGGACAUGGAUCUAGCGGUAAGAGCCGGUCUCAAAGGUUGGAAGUUCCUCUAUCUUGGAGACGUCAGAGUGAAGAACGAGCUUCCCGGCACCUUCAAAGCCUAUAGGAAUCAACAACACAGAUGGUCUUGCGGUCCUGCAAAUCUCUUCAGGAAAAUGGGCCCUCAGAUCCUCACCGCAAAGAGGGUAUCAGUCUGGAAGAAGUUCCAUCUCAUCUACAGCUUCUUCCUCGUCAGGAAGAUCAUUAGCCACAUCCUCACUUUCUCCUUCUACUGCUUCAUCAUGCCAGCCACCGUUCUGAUCUCAGAGCUCCAUGUUCCAAAAUGGGCAUCCGUCUACCUCCCCACAAUCGUCACCUUGCUCCAUGUCGUCGGGACUCCCACCAGGUCGAUCCACCUGGUGGGGUUCUGGGUUCUGUUCGAGAACGUCAUGUCCCUGCAUCGAACCAAGGCGAUGCUCAUGGGAUUGUUGGAGGUAGGGAGGGUGAAUGAAUGGGUCGUCACUGAAAAACUAGGCGAUGCUCCCAAGAUCGACGUCGCAAAUGGGAAGACGCAGAACCUCCACCAAGCUGUUAAACCUACCAGGAAACCCUGUCUUGAACUCCAUUGGUUAGAGCUUGGAGUAGCAACUUACCUCUUCAUAUGUGGUUGCUACGAUUAUGCAUUUGGAAAGAACCGCUACUUCAUAUUUCUUUUCAUGCAAUCCAUCGCAUUCUUUGUCGCGGGAUGUGGAUACGUUGGCACUUUCAUUCCCAAUUCGUAA